UCUUUAAUCAUACUAGUCGUUAGCCGUGGAAAAAUCCACGGGUUCGCCCGUCAUUUUAUACCGCAUUGGGCGCGUUUCGCUACUAGCUAAGCUAUCAUUUUGCGUGACAGACAGACAGACGUACAGACGUAUACGGGUAUUAUAAUAUAGAUUUGCAACAGUGAAUGAUCUGAGACUGGGUGAUGUUCUACUUUCAUCCCCCUCCCCUUUAACUAUUCUAAAACAAAUCAACAUCUAAAAAUUUAUUUUCUAUUUUUAGAAUGUAUACAAUAAAAAAUAUAAAUAUUCUCCACGAUGUUGUUUUUUUACUCUCCCUCACUGUGGUUGUAUCAAGUGAUACUGUUGAUGAGAAUGGAGGCGUUUAUAACACCUACGAUGAGAGCGGAUGGGUGGACCCGUACGAUUUGACAACAAGCAGACCAGCGAAGAAACAAGAAAGAGUGACUUCGGAUAGUGACGAGUUGGUUAAAAAGCUGGCUGAUUUUCAAGAUGAGGCUAGCACGUGUCGCGAAUCGCUACAACAAGUGAAGAAUGAAUUACUGAACUGCAAGUUCGAAGAACGUUCACCUGUAGUGAAUGACCUCACAUACUUUAAACAUCUCGUUAACACAUUCGUCAAAUUAGCAGAAGUGCAAGGUGACCAGGGCGAUGUUUAUGCAGCUUACUUCAGUCUUAGUGAAGAGAAUCGGAAUCUUGCAUUGUCGUUGCUAGGGAAAACUGAUCUCAGUGAAGCUAAGAAAAUCCUAGAUAUUUUGCAAGAUGCUUUUCAACCUUCAUCGACGUCGCCUUGGAAACAGGCGUCAGAAAUCAUUACACCUCGCGUUAUAAUCGGAGCUGUCGGUAUUAAUCUGCUCAUGUUUUUGUUAUUAUUUGUGACAAGACAGGUGCAGUUGACUCAGAGUUGGAAGAGAACAGUAAUGAUCACAUUCCUGCUUUGUUUUAUGUGCAGUAUACCCUGGGAAUGGCACCGUAUGUACAAAGUUGAGCUAGCAAAGAAAACAUCAGAGGCCAUGAAAGAUGUACCUGAAGAUUGCUUUCCAAAUAAUUUGACCCCGUGGAAAUCAGUGACGCUGUGGUUUAAAGAUACAUUCACAACAUCUGAUGACGCUUGCGCGAAGUAUCAUCAAAACAUUCUGGUGGAUCCAGUUUGGGAGGUCUCUCCCUUACAGGCGACAGCUGUUUGUGCUUCACGAUUUAUUUUCGAACCGAUGAAACAAUUUAGCAGCGCUCUCGGUGUAAGUUUUCGCUUGUUAAUGAAAGAAGUACCUGUGCAGUGGCAGCCUGUGCUCUUCGUUGUCAUCGUUCUCAUUGUUGUGUUCGUUGUCAUGGCAAUGACCGGGUUUGAGAUCUCUUCACCACUUUUAAGAGUCGGGUUUCGACAAAACGUACGUGGAAACGAAGGAGAGCGCAUAUUGCAGCUUGAAGGACAAGUGAGGAAAUUAAAUGAAGAGCGAUUGGCUUUGCAGCAGAAUAUGUUGGAACAAAACCAAUUAAGGAUCGGUCAAAUCGAAUAUGACAGGGGCGUACAAAAUGUAAGACAACGCCCUUAUAACAACGAAGCAAGUCCACCCAGAGAUCGAGUUGGAGGCGGAACGAGAAAGCGAAAAUCUGUAAAAAACACGCCCAUAAGCAGUACAAAUGAAAGCGUUGAUGAAUCCAGCGAAAUGAUAGAAUGCCUGGAAAGUCUGAAUUUAAACGAGACAGCGGAGGGCGUUGCUGCGCCCAUCACAGUUAAUGACGUUGCGGCACCCAUCAACGAAGAUGUAGAUUUUCCCGGAUGCUCCAAUGUUUCCUCUAUUUUGCGAUCGAUGGAACGCUCCAAUGUUUCCUCUAUUUCGCCAUCGAUGCAAGGCUCCAAUGUUUCCUCUAUUUCGCCAUCGAUGGAACGCUUAUCGUCUGUGCCAUGUGAACAUGAUGAAAACCCAGACCAGAACAGUGGAUCUGAUAGGGAAUACGCAGAUGGUGCAAGUAGCGCCCCAAGACAGGAAUCAACUGACAUUAUGGGUACUAAAUUGGUGUCCGAAGAUAUCGGGAUUUCCGACUCAGACUAUGAAUUUGUAAGCAAAGAGAGUUGAAGAAUAUGUGUUAGUAAUAGUUUUGUUAAUAGAUUUUAGAUUAUCAUGUUUAUAAACUUUUCUUCUCUUCAUGAAUAUAAUUUUUGUAACAGAGCUAAGUGUUAAAAGUUAAUUUUUUAUAUUCAAAA